AUGCGGUCAGGCGGGCGGCGCGGCGCACUGGCUGAUGGGCAGCGCGGCGCACUGGCUGGCGGGCGGUGCGGCGCACUGGCUAGUGGGUGGCGCGGCGCGCUGGCUGGCGGGCCGUCCGUGGCGCGCUGGCGUGGUGCGCUGGCAUGCGCGCAAGCGUGGCGCGCUGGCGUGCGUGCUGGCGGGCGCGCUGGCGUGCGCGCUGGCGGGAAGCGCUGGCGUGCGCGCUGGCGUGCGUAUUGGCGUGCGCGCUGGCGGGGCGCGCUGGCGUGCGCGCUGGCGGGGCGCGCUGGCGUGCGCGCUGGCGUGCGCGCUGGCGGGGCGAGUUGGUGUGCGCGCUAG